AUGGCGAUACGCGUAAUCCGGGACAAAGGCGGCGAGAACAGGUUCGACGAGCGCAGAAUCCAGCUCCGCGCAAAUGAAGCUCGAUUGUCGCAAGAAACCAAAGCGCUGUAUUCUGAAGUCGCUUUCUUGAAAGGUCUGCUGACUCAAAACGGCAUUGCCAUACCCGAUCGAACAAGAGUAGGACUUGGUCAACAGGAAGAGAGAGCGAACGUAGAGAGUGAGAAGAGGAUUGCUCUAACCGUUGGGCAAGAGGAGAACAAGAAAAAGAACCGACGGAAACAGAUAUACGUACAGCAAGUGUCUCAGCAAUCGUUGCGUAAGUACACUACGGCUGGACUACGACAAGUGUUCUCAAUCCGUGGUAACUGA